AUGUAAAUUAAUGGCCGUUUAACUUCAGGUGAUAGAUAUCCCGAAGUCAAUAUAGAACAGGAGGCGGCUGAAAUGGCAUCCAGGAUUUUGGAGAGAGUUCGUUAAAAAUCAAAUGCCAAAUCUACUUAGAAACUUUUAGUAAAACCAGAAAAUUUUAGAUCAAGUGAUUAUAUACCUAGGCCAUCUGAAAUUUAGUCAGUUAGAGAGGGAACCAUAUCUAUUACUGAUCGUAAUGAACUCAAAUUUGAACAAAAUUUCAAUAAAAUGAAUCCCCUUAAGAAUUAUUUUAAAUCAAACAAUAAUUAGAUUGAAACUAUGAAAACACCUCAAAGAUCACAAUUUAAAUCAGCCUCUUCAGGUAUGUAAGACAUUUAUCAAAAAACUGUAAAAUUAAAUAAUAACAAUUAUUAUGUUCCUGAACAUCAAUCAUAAUCCACUGCUGAUAAACCAGAUAGUACUAAAUUAAUUAAACUAACAGAUAGUGUAAAUAGUCUGGUCAAUAAGAAAUCUGAUCUUUUAGCAAAACAUAGAAGAGUUGAGAGUAAUAUGCAAUUUAAAUUGGUAUUGAACGCAAAGCCUGAUCAAUUAUAAACUCCUGUUAAGUCUAAUAAAGAAGACAUAGUUUCAUAAUUAUUAGGUAGUUUGCGAAACCAAAAGAAAUACUCAGAUUAUAAAAACUCAGCUUAAAAAUGAAUUACUAAUAUUAAAUUGAAUUUACUCCAAUUAUAAAUA